UACCGCUCAGUCUGCACACUGCACUGCAGUACUGCGACGCAUAGCGUUGUUUGGUAGAUGACUUUUGUUCUUUUGAUUUUGUUUUUUUUGAGAAGUCCACGAUUUCCUGAACCUUUCUUCGAAGCUAGCUCGUACGUUGUGUUAUUAGGUCAGUCAGGAUGAGCUUUAUUUACAGAAGAGUGAUUUCCUUCUUGGAUCCGCGUAUCCCGAACAAGAUGAGGCCGAUCUGGGAACAUCCUGCGGGGUUGAAAACGGUUCAUUUCUGGGCACCGACGUUUAAAUGGGGAUUAGUCAUAGCUGGGAUUGCAGAUAUGGCUCGACCUGCUGACAAACUCAGCGACUUUCAGUCCACAGCGCUUGCUGCGACUGGUACCAUAUGGGCUCGCUACUCGCUAGUCAUCAUUCCGAAGAACUGGAAUCUGUUCGCAGUGAAUCUCUUCGUUGGAACUGUUGGCUAUAUUCAAGUUUAUCGCAUCUAUCAGCACAAGAAGCCAUUGGCACCUCCGGAUGCUUACUUUUGGAAUGUGAUCCGGUUUGUGCCUGUCAAGAGUGAAGAGGUUGCCAAAGAUGACGAGUCAUCCAGUGCAUCCAAUACCCCACUGCCAGUAGAAGCUAGCGACGAGAAGCAAUGAAGUAAUGAUGGCAGCGCGUAACAGUUAAAGCCAAAAUCGAGCAUCGUUCUGCACUUUGGCUAGCAUGGAGUGCACACUCGGGUAUUUGAGGCACGCUCCAUGUCUCCACCUCUGACACAUUGUCUUGGUGACAGCUAGUGCUUCUCUCUCUCUUUGUUUGGUCCCUGGUUGCUUCAGUGACAUCUAGCUCGCUGCUUGGUCACAUGCAUGUAGACGGUGUGCAUUGAUAUCGUCUUUUAUUCACAACUAUUUUCAACCAAUAUCUCAAAACUAUCCUGUCGAACUCUGCUUCGGACACAAUCAUAUCCUCACUUCGUCAUGAAAUCUCACCCAUCCAAGCUAGUUUAGAUGAUAUCUCAUGAAACUCUGUUAUGCUUUCUUUUCUCCGCACGGCGGCUCCACUGUGGCUGUAUUUAUACAGUUCAUAGUAAGUUUUUUUGUUUGUUGAUUAAUUGAUAUGCCCAUUUGCCUCCUCGCUAGAUGUUGAGUGUGUUGCAUUGGCACGUUUACGAAAUGUUGAAUUAUUUUUCAGCCUGCACGUGUAUUUCAAAUUCUUUACCACUAGCUGUGCAGAGUUUAGGGACAGUAUUCUUCCCAUUUUA